GGCGGCUGCUGGGCUACGCCCACAGAGUGGACGGGCAGCAGCAGCCUGCUGCAGCACAAGCUGCUGCUGCUGCUGCUGCUGCUGCUGCUUGGGACCAGCAGCGGCUGCUGCAGUACCUGCAGCAGCGGGCGCAGACGAUGCACAGCCAGACGAGUUUGCGGGACUUUGGGGGCCCCCCGGCAGCAGCAGCAGCGGCCGAAGCAGCAGAAGCAGCAGCAGCAGCAGCAGCAGCAGCAGCAAGCAGCAAGCCGUGGUGGUCCCGGAUGUUCUCUUUCCGCUGGGGGCGGCGCGGGGGCAAGCAGCAGCCCCCCGGGGUCCCUGGCUGGAAGCAGCAGCAGCAGCACCUGCAGCAGCAGCAGCAGCGGGAGGAUUCCCCAGUGCCUCGCGCGGUUCGGGCCUUUUCUGGGGAGGUUCUGGGGGCCGGGGGCCCCCCUGGGGGGGGGGGCCCCCUUGGGGGGGGCCCCCCGGGGGGCCCCCCCAGCAGCCUGGCUUGGGGGGUUUCUGCGGGUUUCGAGGGUACAGCUCCUCGUCGUUUUGUGUCGGACGACAUGUCCCGUUUUUUGUUGAGUUGCCGGAACGGGCGGAGUCCAGCAGCAGCAGCAGCAGCAGCAGCAGCAGCUGGGGGCGGCGCGGGGCUUCCGCAGCGGUACGCUGGGUCUCCGCUGCGGGGGCCCCCCCUGGGGGCCCCGCUGGGGGGCCCCCCCGGGGCCCCCCUGGAGGGGGAGUGGGGUUUGGGGGCCCCGUGCGUGCGGGGAGGCGGGGGUUUGCCGCUGCUGCGUCACAGCAGCGAGGCGGAAGCCGCGGGGCCCCGGGAGGGGGCGUUGCUGCAGCAGUACGUGCAGCAGCAGCAGCAGCAGCAGCAGCAGCAGCAGCUGUCUUCGGCGCUGCUGUGGGCGGCGACGACGCUGGACUUUUACGGGAGUCCGCCUCCGCGUCCGCGGGGUCUGGAGGGGCGUUUGCGUUUGCUGCUGCAGCGGGUGGAGUCUUCGGAGCGCGCAGCAUGGGCCUCUGCAGCAGCAGCAGCAGCAGCAGCAGCAGCAGCAGCAGGCGGGGCCUCUGGCGGGUGGGGGCUGUCCGGGGGCGCGCUGUGGGGCGGGGAGGGCCUGGUGCAGGGCUGCGCGUGGGAAGAGGCUGGGAGCAGCAGCAGCAGCAGCAGCAGCAGCAGCUGGCUGUGUCGCGUGCUGCUGCUGCUGCUGCAGCUGCUGGGCGCUGCAGCACGAGCCCUGCUGCUGCCAGCAGUGGCCUCGCCCGCUGCGCUGCUGGCCGUGCUGGCCCGCACGCUGGCCUGGUGCGGCGUGUGGCUGUGGGCCACCACUUUUCUGAAGAGACCAACUCGAGAAAAAGGUCUCCUUUUUUGGUCUUUUUCGGACUUGCCGGAGUGCUAUUCCUUCGUGGAAGCUGCCUUCGCCUGGAUGGUCUCUUGGGACUUCUGCGGGGGCCUUUUGGCCUCCGCAAAGCCUCUUAGUUUCCUCGCUUCUUUCCACUCCCUCGUGGACUUAGCCACUUUGCCCCUCUCUUCUUAUUUUUUCCGCUUUUUCGCCAGAGACCCCCGCGCCCACGGCUACCCCUGGCUGCUGGGCCUGGGCUGGCUGCGCUUCCUGCGGCUGCUGCGCACGGAGACAGUGCUGGCUUCAUGUUUUCCAACUCUGUCUAGAGUCUCCUUGAGAGUUGUCUCCAUCGGGGUCUCUUGGCUGAUGAUAGUGUUGACUUUUGCGGGCGGAAUAUUCAUCUUAGAGGCCCCAAAGCCCUCUGCCAACUAUAACUCUGUCUUCGACUUCUGCUUCUACGCGGUGGUGUCAGUGAUGACUGUGGGCUACGGGGACUUCGCCCCGGAGACCCCCGCGGGCCGGGGCCUGGCCAUUUGUGUUAUAGUCUCCGCCUUUGUUUAUUUGCCCGGGGAGAUCCAGCGGCUGCUGGAGGCCCUGCGGGAGCCCCGCAGCAGCUACGGGGGGGCCCCCGGGGCCGAGGAGGACUACCUGUGUGUCUUGGGGCCCAUAGCCCCGCAGCAGUUGGCGGCUUUUUGCUUCCAAGUGGGCCGGGCUUUCCCGGGCUCUUCUGCUGCGCUGCUGGUUCUGUCUCCGCUGCCGCUCAGCAGCUACUUGGCGGCUUGCCAGGGGGCCCUGCGGCACGCGGGGCUGCGCGUCUGCAUCCGGGGGGGCCCCGCGGGGGCCCCGGGGGCCCCCGGGGGCCCCGGGGGGCCCCCCGGGGGGGG